GGAUUUCCCAAGAAAUCUGCAGAUAAGGAAAAGGUUAGGGGGCUAAAUGCAAAACUUAAGACACUAUAUAAGCGAUGAAAUUUUAGAAAACCUGGAAAGAAAGAGAGAAGGGAGAGAUGGAGAAGGAGAGGAAUGACGAUGGGAUAGCUCUCAGUCAAGGGAUCGUGAUCCGAUGCUCCAAAACGGCGUUCAUGCUCUCGUCGAUGAGAUCUUCCCUGCCAGACGGGCUCGCCGCAGAGAGGAACAAUCUGGAAAUGGAGGGAAUGCGGCGAUCGAUUGAGGAGUUGAAAGCAGCGCUGGCCGAGGAGAGAUCGAAGAGGAGAGAAUCGGCUGAAUAUGCCCGGUUGCUACUGACAAUGCUCAUCAAUCUGGUGUUCACCAUCGUGGCCUUCGCCAUGCUUCUCACCUCGCUUUGGGUGAGAUCGAAGUAGCUAGAAUUCGAGGGUGGGUGUGCUUUUGUUCGCCAUUUUUCUGUGAGUUUAUGAGAACUUAAUUUGAAACGUAAGCAUUCGAUUCGUUUUGAAAACUAUGAAUGUUCUCGAAUUAAUCCAUUUCUAUUUUGGCUUUA